AUGGCGGGCCGUUUCUUGUUCCUAGACCCCAAGGCGCAAUCAGCCCUGACUCAAGAACUUACGCCGGGACUGAACAUCCCGCCGGAUUACAUUCCGGACCCCUCUCGAAUCAAGCAGCUCGCAUGGAAGCCCAGGGCUUUCCUUUAUCCCAAUUUCCUCUCUGCUGCGGAGUGUGAUUACAUCGUCAACAUGUCGCGCCCGCUAAUUGGAGUGGUCGACAGUGGUGGGGCAGGGAGGGAAGAGCGUGGUCGACACCAUUCGAACCAGCAAUGGCUGAUCUAUUGCGACCCCUGUCCCCCCUUUUUUCGCCCCCUCUCCCCUCCGUUUGGCCACCCUGUCCCGUCCCCUUUGGCCCCCUGUCCCCUCCCCUUCCACCCUGUGUCUCUCUCGGCAGUCGCGCCCACUAAUGGAGCGGUCGACAGUGGUGGGGCAGGGAGGGAAGAGCGUGUCAUCAAGCGCAUAGAGGAGCGCAUUGAACCCGUCACCAAGCGCAUAGAGGAGCACAUUGGCGACUGGACCUUCCUGCCCCUAGGCAAGGCAAGCCCCUCCCUACACGCCCCUUACUCUCGCUCUCCGCCCCGUGCCCCUCACCUGUUCUCGCCCUGUCCCCACCAGGACCCAGUCAUCAUGCGCAUAGAAGAGCGCAUUGGUGACUGGACCUUCCUGCCUCUUG